AUGCUUGGAGAGAAUAAAGGGAAAAGAGCUGAAUAUAUUCGGAGAGUCUUAUGCUUAUCUCGAAAUCAAGAUAGUUCUGAAGACGUCUGUUCUGGAUCGCCCAAAUGUAAUUGUUUUGAUGUUGAUUUACUUCUUGGUGAAUACGCUGAGUUGGUUGAUAACAUGAAAAAUGGGCUUAACAAUUACGCGGAGGGAGCGCUUAAACUUGCUGAAGGCUGCAGAAAUGAGAGCAAUCAUUGGCGCAGUGCACUUACCACUGAUGUAGUGUUGAACGCCCUAGAAGGAGUUCCAUGCCCUUUAAUUAAGCAAUCUAUACCUAGUGAUUUCGAUGUUGCUAAAUUUUGCAGUGUGCUUUCUGGAUUAUUCGAGGAAGAAAAUUGUAUUAAGCAGAUUUGUGAACCAGUCAAGAAUCCAGUGCAGCAUAUUUCCGAAGCAGGUCAGAAACGUACUUCAACAGAUUUUGAAAAAUGUUAUUCUUCUCCUAAAAGAUUUGUGGAGAAAUCCGACAGUACCGAGUAUAAGAAACCAAGUGACAACAAUAAUAAUGAGAAUGAAUCUGAACCCGCCUUGUUUCAAACAGCAGGGUCUUUGUUGGAGCAAAAUAUGAAGUCAAAACAAGGUGGAAAUAGCAGCAAUGCAUCUUUGGCGUAUGGGUCCUCGAAGCGGUCAUUAGGAAGUCGUCGAGGUGUUCGAAGUGGUUUUGUACCGCCGUUUGAAAAAAAUUCAGACAGUCCAACAGCACCAUCGUUUGAUGCUAACGCAGAGUCAAUAUGUGAUGAACGACUCAAACAGUUUGAUCAAAAAGUGGUGGACAUGAUCAUGAGUGAGAUUAUGGAGUCCAAAAGUUCGAUUACUUGGGAUGAUAUUGCUGGACUUGAGUUUUCCAAGAAAACAUUACAAGAAAUUGUAAUACUUCCAAUGCUCAGACCUGAUCUUUUUGUAGGACUUCGAGGACCUCCAAAAGGUUUGCUACUCUUCGGCCCGCCGGGAACCGGAAAGACUUUGAUUGGUAAAUGUAUCGCUUCGCAAAGCAACUCAACAUUUUUCAGUAUCAGCGCAUCGUCACUAACUUCAAAAUGGGUUGGUGAAGGUGAAAAGAUGGUUCGUGCACUGUUUGCGAUUGCCCGUAUUCACCAACCUGCGGUUAUCUUCAUCGACGAAGUUGAUUCCCUGCUCACCCAGCGGUCUGAGACAGAACAUGAGUCAAGCAGACGCAUAAAGACCGAGUUCCUCGUACAGUUGGAUGGGGUAUCGACCGGUGAAAAUGAACGCAUCCUUUUCAUUGGCGCCACAAACAGGCCGCAGGAAUUGGAUGAGGCAGCUAGACGACGAUUUGUCAAGCGUCUGUAUAUCCCGUUACCAAACAGGAAUGCACGAAAGGAAAUUGUGCAGAGGUUACUGCGACAAAAUCACCACACACUGAAUGAAGCCGAUUUCUGGGACAUUGCUGAUCGCGCUGAUGGUUAUUCGGGUGCUGACAUGGCGAAUCUUUGUCGCGAAGCUGCGAUGGGACCGAUACGGUCUUUGACCAUCGAAGCAAUACAGCAGAUAGCCUGUGAAGAGGUUAGACCUGUAGAACUUGCUGACUUCUAUGCCGCUUUCAGGCAAGUGCGGGCCAGCGUUUCGUCCGAUGAUUUGGAACAAUACCUGAAGUGGAACAGUCAGUAUGGAAGCUUCGACGCUUAA